AUGAAAUCCAAUAAAGAAUUUGUUCCAGGGGAACGAGAAGGAAAUCCACAAGGACCACCCCCACAAGGAGGCAACAAGCCCCAAGGUCCCCCACCUCCACCAAAGCCUCAAGGACCACCCCCACAAGAAGGCGACGAGUCCCGAAGUCGCCGAUCUCCUCCAGGAAAGCCAAAGGACCACCCCCACAAGGAGGCAACAAACCUCAAGGUCCCCCACCUCCACCAAAGCCACAAGGACCACCCCCACAAGAAGGCGACGAGUCCCGAAGGCGCCGAUCUCCUCCAGGAAAGCCAGAAGGACCACCCCCACAAGGAGGCAACAAGCCCCAAGGUCCCCCACCUCCACCAAAGCCACAAGGACCACCCCCACAAGAAGGCGACCAGUCCCGAAGGCGCCGAUCUCCUCCAGGAAAGCCAGAAGGACCACCCCCACAAGGAGGCAACAAACCUCAAGGUCCCCCACCUCCACCAAAGCCACAAGGACCACCCCCACAAGAAGGCGACCAGUCCCGAAGGCGCCGAUCUCCUCCAGGAAAGCCAGAAGGACCACCCCCACAAGGAGGCAACAAACCUCAAGGUCCCCCACCUCCACCAAAGCCACAAGGACCACCCCCACAAGAAGGCGACGAGGCCCGAAGGCGCCGAUCUCCUCCAGGAAAGCCACAAGGACCACCCCCAGAAGGAGGCAACACACCUCAAGGUCCCCCACCUCCACCAAAGCCACAAGGACCACCCCCACAAGAAGGCGACGAGGCCCGAAGGCGCCGAUCUCCUCCAGGAAAGCCACAAGGACCACCCCCAGAAGGAGGCAACAAACCUCAAGGUCCCCCACCUCCACCAAAGCCACAAGGACCACCCCCACAAGAAGGCGAUGAGUCCCGAAGUCGCCGAUCUCCUCCAGGACAGCCACAAGGACCACCCCCAGCAGGAGGCAAUCCCCAGCAGCCUCAGGCACCUCCUGCUGGACAGCCCCAGGGACCACCACCCCCUGCUCAAGGGGGCGGACCACCCGGACCUCCCCAGGGACAGCCUGCCCAGUAAUCUAGGAUUCGAUGACAGGAAGUGAAUAAGAAGAUGACAGUGAUUCAAAUGAUUCAAAUGCCAUGACAUUGGAACAAGGUGGUCAUAGCUCUAACUUCCAUAUACCAAUAAAAUAAUCAGCUUGCAAUUUCU